CGGAUCGGAAAGAAGACCAGAUCGCUAGGGUCAUUCUGGGCGAGUUCCAGGAAGCUGUCGGUCCGGGUGCUGAAGUAACACGCCCGACUGCGAACUCACCGUGUCAAGCUCCUUUCCGACUGCCAGGAGCUCGGUGCCAACGUCGAUUUCCUGCUCUUUCGGACCUGGUACCUCAACGGGAGGGAGACAUGAGCUUGGUGUCCGGUACACUAAGGGUGAGGAGUUCUCCGACGUGGUGUGCAAACAUCAUGACCCGAUUCGACUGUAGGAAGAAUAGCGACGGUGACAGCGACGACGGCAAUGAGGACAACGUAGAAACCGAGCGUAGGGCAGAGCGAAUGUCCGACGACAGGCCGUUCGGGUGCAAGCAGAGGAACCUGCGAGAGCUGUCAGAAUGCUGUCAGCGGUUGCAGUUUCCACGAGGGGUCGCGGUGUGUUUGCUACUCACGACAAUGUUUGCUACCGCGCCCGAGCCCGCUGAUCGGAGGAAGCACCUACGCUUACGCAAAAGCCCGCCGUACCUCGAAGAGGCACGAUGCGUUGGGCGGAUGUGACGGAAGCCAUCGUGCGGUGUGCCGAUGUUGCGGAACAGUCCCAUCGACAGGGCUGUGACCUGACUCGCCGUCAAUAUCAAUCAUCAGGCCACUUGGGCACUGUUAAACCUACGAUUGGUACCUGCGGUCCGCUCGCUGAGAGGUCGCUGUCGGUCGUCGACGCCGCUAAAGAUCC